AUGCUUCCGCUACGUCGACGUGGUCGCUUCUACACCAUAAUCUCCAUCUUCCUGGUUUUCAUCCUCUAUCGAUUCCUCCAGAAUUCGUGGGCACGAUCGGCCGAAUACAAUGCGAUACAACAGCCUCCAGUGCCGCCUCCAGUCGCUCAGCCACCGCCAGUUGAAGGCUCUAAAGAAGCUUUUGAGCCCGCCGUUGUACCGCCGGUGGUAGAGCUGCCAAACUCUGAGGGCAAGGACUCGGAUUCUAUCCCGAAGCCCGCCGUGCCCCAGGGAGAUAGCAACCUGCCUGAAAAGGUUGAGACGGACAAGACUAUCCCCGAGAGCAUUGAGGCUAUCAACGAAAAGGUCGAGGCUGCUGGCAAGACUCUUCCCGAAGCUGAAAAGACCGUUCCCGAUACCGAGAAGCCUGCCCAAGAAAACGCCCAAGGUCAAGCCAAUGCCGGCACCGAAGGAGUCAAGAAGCCUGAGGAACAGACCGCUCCUGAGAUACCUACCUUACAGGUCAAGGACCCGCCCGUUACAGCCGAUAACCCAGACCAGCCUCGCGUCAACGUUGAUGGUUCCAAGAUUCACUGGACCAAGCCCAAGGAGAACUUCCCUCUCCCCGCCGAGUCCAUCAUCCCCAUUCCGACUGGCACAGCCCCCGACAUGCACAGGAUCCAGUUUGACUUCCAACUCGAGGAUGAAGGAACCAGGAAGGUCCGUCUCGAGCGAAGACAGCGUGUCAAGGCGGAACUGGUGCGUGCUUGGGCCGGUUAUCGCAAGUAUGCCUUUAUGCAUGAUGAGCUCUUGCCUCUGUCCAUGGGGUUCCGUGAGACCUUUGGUGGUUGGGGUGCAACCCUCGUUGACUCGCUCGAUACCCUCUGGAUCGCCGAUAUGAAGGAGGAGUUUGAUGAGGCCGCCAAUGCCGUUGCCAAGAUUGACUUCACUUACACCGAUCGCAACGAUAUCCCCGUUUUCGAGACCACAAUUCGUUACCUAGGAGGACUUAUCGGCGCCUACGAUGUCAGCGGCGGUCCGAACGGCAACUACAAGAUCUUGCUUGACAAGGCCGUUGAGCUUGCCGAAAUUCUCAUGGGCGCCUUUGACACACCCAACCGCAUGCCUCUUCUCUAUUACCGGUGGCGUGCUCCUUACUCGUCUCAGCCUCACCGCGCCAGCGCCGUCAGCAUUGCAGAGCUUGCAUCACUCUCGAUGGAGUUCACACGUCUCGCCCAACUCACGGGCGAGGCCAAAUACUAUGAUGCCGUUGCCCGCAUUACCAACGCCCUCGUCAAGAUGCAGGAGGACGGCACCGAGAUUCCGGGUCUUUUCCCCGAGAAAAUCAAUGCCUCGGGAUGCAACAAGACAGCGGCUACUCUGAAGCAGACACUCAGUAAGGAGGCACAGGGGCAAGUUGAGGGUGCCGACCUGACCAAGCAACCUCAAGGCUUCAUCCCUGGGGAUGAUAAGCAGCAGGCUGAUGCAGUAACCCCCGCACAACUGCCCCAGGCGGAUAGCCGCUGGGAAGAUAAGCUGCGUCGCCGUGAUGCGCCCCCCGCGCUCCCUGUGCUUGGUGAGCCAUACAAGGCCGAGGAGCAGGAGGAGUCCAAGCCUGUUACUAACCAGCCCCCGCCUCUCGCUGCCGACGGGACUUCAUUGAACUGGGAGUGCGAGCCUCAAGGUCUUGUUCCUGGUUCCUAUGCAUAUGGCCAAUUUCACAUGGGAGGCGCACAGGACUCGGCUUACGAGUACUUCGCCAAGCAAUAUCUUCUCCUGAACGGCCUUGAGCCCAAGUACCGCAAGCUCUAUGAGGAUACCAUUGAUGCGAUCAAUGAGUGGCUACUUUACCGCCCCAUGGUCAAGGAGGAUGGUUGGGACGUCUUCUUCACUGGAAAGAUGACCACUUCUAAGAAGGGCGACAGCGAGUGGUCCAAGUCAUAUGAAAUGACGCAUCUUACAUGCUUCAUCGGUGGCAUGUACGGACUGGGUGGCAAGAUUUUUGGACGUGAUGGCGACAUCGACAAGGCCAAGAAGCUGACUGAUGGCUGCGUAUGGGCUUACCAGUCCACUCCUACUGGCCUCAUGCCCGAAUACGCUCACCUGGUUGCAUGCCCCGCGCUGGAGAAGUGUCCAUUCAAUGAAUCGACAUGGUAUGAGGACCUUGACCCGUCCUUGGAAUGGCGCCAGAACCAACUCACCAAGUGGGAGAAGGGUGAGGAGCAGCAAAAGCUCGUUGAGAAGGCUGCCCCUGAAGUUGCUAAAGAGGUUGUCCCAGAGCCCCUGAUCCCAGGCAAGGCUGCACCCGAGGGUGCUAAAGCAGCUGACUCUGAGGCCGUGGUCCCCAAGGCCAAGGCAGCUGAGGAGUCGGUUGACCUCAGUAUUGGAGCUGAGCCCUUGAUUCCCCAGCCUAAGGAAGUCAAGAAGGCUACUGAUCCCCUGGUUCCCCAGCCCAAGGAGAAUGCGGUAGCUGAGAAGCCGGAAGAGCAGCCACACAGACCGGAUGACCUGAGCACUGGCUCUGAGCCCGUUGUCAAGGCCGAGGGUGCUCCAGCUGCUGGGGAGGGACCCUCGAAGCCCGUCAAGAGAGCUGGUAUCCCCAUGCCUGAGCUGGACCGAUCAAUGGAAGAGGACGACUCGGAGUUUGGAUCAGAGCUUCCCGACUCUCUUAAGGCGAAGUUGGGUCUGAACAAAGACGAGACGGAACAGACUGAAAAGAAGGAACCAAGCCAGGCCGAAUCAGACAAGAAGCCGGAGGCCGCGCAAGAAGGAGCGAGCACCACGGGUGGACAACCCCCUAGCGUGCCAGACAGCUUUGCGAACAGGCAUGCCGAGCAAGUCGCAGCCCCUAACAACCAACCACCAGAGAAGCCCCUGUCUCACGAGGAGUUCGUCAAGGCCAAGCUCGAGAGGGAGAAGCUUCCCCCAGGAUACACCGACAUUAUCAACAAGUCGUAUAUCCUCCGACCUGAGGCAAUCGAGUCUGUUUGGUAUAUGUACCGUAUUACAGGCGACACUACGUGGAUGGACAAGGGUUGGAAGAUGUUCCAGGCCACGGUCACGGCGACUCGGACCGAGUUUGCCAACAGUGCUAUUGAGGACGUGCUGAACAAUUCAGAGCCCGGCUUGAAGGACGAGAUGGAGAGCUUCUGGAUUUCCGAAACUCUCAAGUAUUACCUACUCCUCUUCUCCGAGCCCAGUCUCAUCAGCCUUGACGAGUGGGUGCUCAACACCGAGGCCCAUCCUUUCAAGAGGCCAUCCUAA